UGGACACAAACAUUACCACAUGUAAAUAUAACAGUUUAUAUAGAAAAAAGGGGAAGUGAGCGAUUUCUCAGUCUCUCUUCUGCAAGACUCAGCGUGUUCGGUCCUGACGGUUUGAUAUGAGCCUUGAGGCAAACUAAACUGGUUUGGUUCAGGCAAAAUAAAGCAGGAAAGAGGGAGGGAGGGAGGAGGGAGAGGAGGGAAAAAAGGCAACAGAAACGUCUGCUCGGCUGUGGGGCUGCCAUAUAUGGAGAGUCGUCUUGCUGCGGUUUCAGCCUAUUUACCAAGCUGCUUCUCGGAUUACACUUGGUCCCUCCUCCUCAGCACACAGCUUAAGCCAGUGGUGAGGCUGCUUUUCUGCAUGGAGGCGUUGCUUUCAGGCUUAACCGCCUGGUUGCCUAGGGAACCGGGCUGCAGAGACAGACGGAUUGGGGAAAAAGAAAGCGUUUCCAGGUCAGCUCAAACAUGGAGAGAGGAGCAGAGAGACAAAGAGGAGGUGAUAGGGAGGUGGUGGUGGAAGAGAAAGGCUCGAUGGAGAGGCAGUGGGGGGAGGCAGAGGUGCUGGCUCUCAUGACAGUGUGGGACGAGGUGGGAGCUCAGCACGUAGCUGAAAGCAGAACCACAUUUGAGUUGAUCUCAGAGCGUCUGAGGAGGCUCAGUGUUGCGCGCAGCUGGUGGGAGUGUCAGGCCAAGUGCAGGAGCCUGGGACUUCAGAGCAGGAAGCCUGACGCAGCAGCAGCAGCAGCAGCAAACUACAGCCCAGGAGUGGAUGCAAGGCCAGAGGAGGGCUGGGAGGAAGAGGUGGAAGAUGUGGGUAAUCAAAGAGGAAUCUACCCUUCCUCAGUCACAAUGCAGGAAGGUAUUAGGAGUCGAAUCCAUCGGGCUCUUCCUUACACCCAGAACACGGCCGAAGAAGGCGGUCGCCACUGGACGGACGACGAGGUGCGAGCGCUGUUGUGCGUCUGGGCUGACCGGCGCGUUCGCGAGAGCUUGAAGUGCACGCUGCGUAACAAAUCCAUCUUCCAAGAGAUGGCCCGCCAGAUGCAGAGAAACUUUGGAGUGCUACGCAACUGGAAACAGUGUCGGACGAAAUACAAGAACUUGAAAUACGACUACAAGACAGCCAAGAGCGCUCACGCCGCCGGAGGCAGCGGAGCAGGAGGCCCUGGGAAGUACAUGAAGUUCUUCGAUGAGGUAGAAGCUAUUUUGCUGGACCGAGGGCUCGAGAACGGGACUUUGGAGAUGCAGAAGAAGUUGUAUGAUGGAGAAAUGGGAGCAGGCAGGCUACAAACACCAGCACAGGCAUUAGCCUCAGAAAGUGAGGUUGUCAUUGAAAUUGACGACGAUGACAAUAGUGAUGAUUACGAUAUGGACGCAGACCUGGACAAAUGGAGAGGAGCAGAUGCUCAUCUAAUGCUCGCAGACCCGUCCAGCUCCGACCAGUUCCACGUGGUCACAGUGUCGGACACGGGUCGAAACUGGAGCGAUCAGGAGGUGCGAGCGCUGGUUCAAGUCUGGUCGGACGAACGCGUGUGCAGGCAGUUGGAGAGCUCGACCAGAAAGAGAGACAUCUUCGUCCAGAUCUCCAACAGGUUAAUGCAGCAAGGCAUCGAACGCGACUGGAAGCAGUGCCACACCAAGUACAAAAACCUCAAGUACCUUUACCGCUCCCUCCAGAGAGGAAAGAGCGACGAUGCUGACCCAAGACGCCUUAUGAGGUUCUACGACGAGGUGGACGCCAUUAUGAACCGCACAACCAAUGGCUCGCCACGUGACGCGGGAGCCGCAGACAACCAAGAUUCAGGCAGGCUUAGGCUGGAGGACUAUGAGGAGAACGAUCACAUAGACGUCUAUUUGACAAAGAUGAACACAACGGCGGCAGCAAUGGAAGAAAGAUCUUCUAGUUCUGGUUCUGUCUCGUCUAUAAGCCUCGAUGUUACACCAAACAAUGAAGAACCGAGGCUACAUGUGGUCCCGGAGCUUCGCAUGGAUCAACAGCACAGAUUAAUGAGCUCUUCUGAAACCAGAGCAGAAAAAGAGGACACCUAUUCAACAACCAGAGGAAUGAAGAGAAAAGCCGUAGAUCAAGACCACACACUGCAGACGCCAGCAAAAAAACUGGGCUCGGACUUUGCUGAUAAGGUGAAGGCCCGCUGUAAAGAAGAGCAGGAACACAUCCCGAUAAUAAAGAUCGAUUCAGUGUGUUCAAUGGCCUCCUCUGAUCCGUCCCCAGAAAGAGAGGUAAUACCCACUAAUCCCACGUGACAAAGUACGAGUACUGAAAGUUGUGCAACCCAAGGCAAAUUAUCCUUAAAACAGGCUGCAGGUAUGUGUGUCAUCUUUUAAAGAUGCAAAGGAAAUGAAUCAAUCUUUUGAUGACUAAUUGUUGCUGCUUUUCUUCAUCACAUAUGAUAAUAAACUAAAUAUCUUUGCAGUUUGAAGAUAACUCUUUAGGCUAUAAGAGAUUAUCAUAUGAGAUAAUACAAUCAAACACAUUUAAUUAAUGAAAUGCACAUGGUAUCAUCAUGAGGACAGCAAUUAAUCUGAAUCAGAUUAAUCAACUUUAAUAGUUUUUUCCUGAUGAAAUGUUAAAACGAUCGUCUAGUCAGAGUCAGAGAGGAAGAGGAUGCAAUAUUUGAUUUUCUGACAUUGAUUAUGAUUGAUUAUUGAUUUUAGAGUUACAUUGUUACUCCAUAUUGAGUUGAUGGUGACAUUUAGCAUAUUUAAUUUGGGGGAACUCUUGAGCAUGAUUUAUUUGUUGUUUCAGUUCAUUUUUUUCUUGUUCAGGUAACAACUUAGUGAAUGUAGAGAUGACUUAUUUUCUUCUCAGCACACACAAACAUUGUCUCCUUGAGUCACGGGUUUAACAACACACACACAUACACUUUGUUCGUGAAUCUGACGCAAAACUUGUGACAUGGACACAAACAUGCAUGCAAACACUUUAACGUGAUAGUUUAACUCAGCUGACCCAUCUGUUGUCCUCACACACCUUUCCCG